AUGAAACCUCUUAAGAAAAUGUUGUUUCAAAAUGUUUUCAGUAUUCUUAGAAGACUCUGAGCUUGCACAUCUAACUCUUCAAACAAGCCUUUCGUUGUAUGAGCAUCUGUUAAACCAAAAUGCAACAAAUGAUUAUCAGAACCUCAACAAGCUUUAGAACUCUUUGCUUUGUAAUUUCGGCAUUAAAACUCUUGUUCUGGGAAUGAAUUCCUCGGAAGAGCCACUGUGAUAAAUUGUAGGCAAGUCUAUUUUACCUGCUUUCAACACUAUUUAGUGGUUUCAUUUACAUGAGAUUUAUUUUGUCUUAUCAAAGUACAAAGUACCAUCUGGGAUUAUCCAGAGGUGAAUCAAACGGUCCUAAAUUAAGACUUGCCAAUUGAGGACCCUUUUAGUAAUAUUUGGAUUAAAUUUCACUCACCAAUUUUAGCUGGCAUAUUUCAGAAUUUAAUUUUGACGAAAACUCUAUUUCAAUAUUUCAGGAAUUUGAACGACCGAAUUACAAAGAGGCUUUAAUAGAGAAGAAGCUGGAUUGGAUUAAAGUCAAUAGACACUUUCGAGCUAACCAAGAGUCCCAGACUGUGCUAAAUAUUA